GCGCAGUGAUCGCACUUCCGGUCUGGUGUCAUGGCGUCUUUGCACUGAUGGCCGAGAGGGGAGCGCGAUAGCGGGGAAGUGGAGAGGUGGGGGGCGGCGGGAGGUGGCGGCGGAGGAGGCGGUGGUGGUGGAGGGGGGAAGCGGUGGAGGUGGAAGAUAAUUCAUUUGCUAUUACUGUCAUUUUCAUCAUCGGCACCUUUCCGGCGGCCUGUGAUACCCGGGAGGAGGGGGCGAGGGGCCACCCCAAGCCGGGGCGAUGGCGGCUCACAAGCCAGUGGAGUGGGUGCAGGCGGUGGUAAACCGGUUCGAUGAGCAGCUUCCAAUUAAAGCGAGUCAGCAGAAUACCCACACCAAAGUCAGCAUGGAGCACAACAAAGAGUGUCUCAUAAACAUUUCAAAGUACAAAUUUUCUCUGGUCAUAAGUGGACUUACGAACAUCUUAAAAAAUGUAAACCACAUGAGGAUAUCUGGAGAGACUUCAGAAAAAAAUUUAUAUUUAUCUCAGUUGAUUAUUUUGGAUACACUGGAUAAAUGUCUUGCAGGGCAACCAAAGGAUUCUAUGCGGUUAGAUGAAACAAUGCUGGUUAAACAGUUACUGCCAGAGAUCUGCCAUUUUAUUCACACAUACAGAGAAGGCAAUCAGUAUGCAGCCGAACUCCGAAUGUCUGCUUCGGGGGUACUGUUCUCACUUAGCUGUAAUAACUUUAAUGCCGUCUUCAGCCGUAUUUCUACAAGGCUUCAGGAACUGACAGUUUGCUCAGAGGACAAUGCUGAUGUUCACGAUAUAGACUUGAUACAAUAUAUCAAUGUGGACUGUUCAAAACUUAAACGACUUUUACAGGAAACAGUCUUUAAAUUUAAGUCUCUGAAGAAAGUUGCUCAGUUGGCAGUUAUUAACAGUCUCGAAAAGGCCUUUUGGAAUUGGGUUGAAAAUUAUCCAGAUGAAUUUACAAAGUUGUACCAACGACCACAGACUGAUAUGGCAGACUGUGCAGAAAAGCUUUUUGACUUGGUGGACAGCUUUGCCGAGAGCAACAAGCGCAAAGCAGCAGUCUGGCCACUGCAGAUAAUUUUGUUGGUUCUGUGUCCUGAAAUUAUUCAGGAUAUUUCCAAGGAUGUUGUAGAAGAAAGUAAAAUGAACAAGAAACUAUUCCUUGAAAACCUCAGAAAAGCUUUAGCUGGACAUGGAGGAACAAAGUCACUCACAGAAACUGCAGCCAUUGCUAGUGUCAAACUGUGCAAAGCCUCGACAUACAUCAACUGGGAAGAUAAUUCUGUCAUAUUUCACCUUGUGCAGUCUUUAGUCAUUGACUUAAAGAAUUUGCUGUUUAAUCCAAGCAAACCUUUCUCCAGAGGAGCAGUGAGCCAGAAUGCUGAUUUGGAUCUUAUGAUUGACUGCCUGGUUUCUUGUUUUCGAAUCAACCCUCACAACAACCAGCACUUUAAAACCUGUUUGGCGCAGUCAUCACCAACAACAUUUCAUUAUGUGCUUGUAAAUUCCCUGCAUAGAAUAAUUACAAAUUCUGCAUUGGAUUGGUGGCCUAAGAUUGAUGCUGUGUAUUGCUACUCAGGAGAACUGCGCAGCAUGUUUUCUGAAACUCUCAAACUUGUUAUGCAGCAGACAGCAAGCCGCCUGACGCCGAGUCUAACUUUUAAGGAAAAAAUGCCAUACCUGAAAUUUAAGGACAGGUUAGCUGACCCAGAAACCAAGAGUUACAAGUACUUGCUGCUGUCUGUGGUAAAGCUCAUUCAUGGAGAUCCAAAGCUGCUCUUAUAUAAUCCUGGAAAAGCAGUUUCUGAUACACAAAGCAGUACUGCAGAAUUAAUUAAUGGACUGGUACAGCUGGUGCCUCAGUCAAAUAUGCCAGAAAUUGCACAGGAAGCUAUGGAGGCUCUGUUGGUUCUUCAUCAGUCAGACAGCAUUGAGCUUUGGAAUCCAGAGGCUCCAAUAGAAACAUUCUGGGAAAUAAGCUCCCAAAUGCUUUAUUCCAUCUGUACCAAGCUAACUGGUCACCAGUUGCUUAACAGCACAGAAAUUUUAAAAUGGCUGCGAGAAAUCCUGAUAUGUAGGAAUAAAUUUCUUCUUAAAUAUAAGGAAAGUGCUGCUGCGGGAAGUGGAAUCCCAAUAUGCCGUCAAGCCCAGACAAAAUUAGAAGUUGCACUUUACAUGUUCCUCUGGAGUCCUGACACUGAGGCAGUUCUUGUUGCAAUGUCCUGUUUUCGAAGUUUGUGUGAAGAGGCAGACAUCCGGUGUGGGGUUGAUGAAGUAUCUGUUCAUAAUUUUUUGCCAAAUUACAACACAUUUAUGGAGUUUGCAUCAGUAAGCAACAUGGUGUCGACUGGGAGAGCAGCUCUGCAGAAGCGAGUUAUGGCCUUAUUAAGAAGAAUAGAACACCCUACUGCAGGAAACACGGAGGCUUGGGAAGAUACACAUGCAAAAUGGGAUCAUGCCACAAGACUGAUUCUAAACUACCCCAAAACUAAAUUGGAGGAUGGGCAGGCCCCAGAAAGCCUUCAUAAAACAAUUGUGAAAAGGAGAAUGUCUCAUGUAAGUGGAGGGGGAUCUAUAGACCUGUCUGACACAGAUUGUCUGCAGGAAUGGAUCAACAUGACUGGUUUCCUUUCUGCUCUUGGAGGAGUCUGCCUUCAACAUCGAGGCAAUGCUGGACUAGUUACUUACAGUCCACCCAUGGGUCCAGUUAAUGAACGCAAAGGUUCUGUAAUAUCAAUGGUUUCCACUGAAGGAAAUGCAGAAACGCCUGUCAGCAAAUUUCUUGAUCGCUUACUGUCUCUGAUGGUGUGCAACCAUGAAAAAGUGGGGAUACAAAUUCGAAAUAACAUUAAGGAUUUAGUUGGUUUGGAGUUAAGCCCGGCUCUCUAUCCAAUGUUAUUUAAUAAAAUGAAGAACAACAUAAGCAAAUUUUUUGACUCUCAAGGACAGGUUCUCCUAACGGAUACAAACACCCAGUUUGUCGAGCAGACAAUUACCAUACUGAAGAACUUGCUUGAUAAUCACACAGAAGGCAGUUCAGAGCAUUUGGGCCAAGCAAGUCUUGAAACAAUGAUGCUAAAUUUAGUAAGGUACGUCCGGGUGCUAGGCAACUUGGUCCAUGCCAUCCAGAUUAAAACAAAGCUCUGUCAGUUGGUGGAAGUUAUGAUGGAAAGAAGAGAUGACCUCUCAUUCUGUCAAGAGAUGAAAUUUAGGAACAAAAUGGUGGAGUACUUAACUGACUGGGUAAUGGGAACAUCCAAUCAGGCAGCGGAUGAAGAUGUAAAAUGCCUGACAAGAGACUUAGAUCAGGCCAGCAUGGAAGCAGUUGUAUCCCUACUCGCAGGUCUGCCUCUGCAGCCAGAGGAAGGGGAUGGGGUGGAGUUAAUGGAGGCAAAAUCUCAGCUUUUCCUGAAGUACUUCACGUUGUUCAUGAACUUGUUAAAUGACUGCAGCGAGGCUGAAGAUGAUGGAACCCAGACCGGUGGUCGAAAAAGGGGGAUGUCUAGGAGACUGGCUUCCUUAAGGCACUGUACUGUCCUGGCCAUGUCUAAUUUGCUUAAUGCUAAUGUGGAUAGUGGCCUUAUGCAUUCAAUAGGGCUUGGCUAUCACAAGGAUCUGCAGACAAGAGCGACAUUUAUGGAGGUUCUAACAAAAAUACUACAGCAAGGAACAGAAUUUGAUACACUUGCUGAAACUGUUCUGGCUGAUCGUUUUGAAAGACUAGUAGAAUUGGUGACCAUGAUGGGAGAUCAAGGCGAAUUACCUAUUGCAAUGGCUUUAGCCAAUGUUGUUCCAUGCUCACAGUGGGAUGAGCUUGCUCGAGUUCUUGUGACACUUUUCGAUUCUCGUCACCUACUCUACCAGCUUUUAUGGAAUAUGUUUUCUAAGGAAGUUGAACUGGCAGAUUCCAUGCAGACACUGUUCAGAGGAAACAGCUUGGCUAGUAAAAUAAUGACAUUUUGCUUUAAGGUCUAUGGUGCCACAUAUCUACAAAAGCUUCUGGAACCUUUACUAAGGACUUUCAUUACAUCACCUGAGUGGCAAUAUGUCAGUUUUGAGGUUGACUCAACAAGGCUUGAGGGAAAUGAACUCUUGGAAGAAAAUCAACGUCGCCUCCUACAGAUGACUGAGAAAUUCUUUCAUGCCAUUAUUAACUCCACAAAUGAGUUCCCAACACAGCUUCGUAGUGUGUGCCAUUGUCUGUACCAGGCAACUUGCCACUCCCUACUGAGUAAAGCUACCGUAAAAGAAAAAAAGGAAAACAAAAAAUCAGUUGUGAGUCAGAGAUUUCCACAAAAUAGCAUUGGUGCAGUGGGAAGUGCAAUGUUCCUCAGGUUCAUAAAUCCAGCCAUUGUGUCACCAUACGAAGCUGGAAUCUUAGAUAAGAAGCCACCACCACGGCUUGAGCGUGGUUUGAAGUUAAUGUCAAAGAUUUUACAAAGCAUUGCUAAUCAUGUUCUGUUCACUAAAGAGGAACACAUGCGUCCUUUUAAUGAAUUUGUCAAAAGUAACUUUGAUGCUGCCAGGAGGUUCUUCUUUGACAUAGCCAACAAUUGCCCUCCUAGCGACACGGUAAAUCACAGCCUCUCGUUUAUAACUGAUGGGAAUGUACUCGCCUUACAUCGGUUGCUCUGGAACAACCAGGAAAAGAUUGGACAGUAUCUAUCCAGUAACAGGGACCACAAAGCUGUAGGAAGAAGACCUUUUGACAAAAUGGCAACUCUUCUUGCGUACCUUGGACCUCCCGAACACAAACCUGUAGCUGAUACACAUUGGUCAAGUCUUAACUUAACAAGCUCCAAGUUUGAAGAGUUUAUGACAAGGCAUCAGGUACAUGAAAAAGAAGAAUUUAAAGCAUUAAAAACCCUAAAUAUAUUUUACCAAGCAGGGACAUCAAGAGCUGGUAAUCCAGUUUUCUACUAUAUUGCUAGAAGGUUCAAGACUGGUCAGAUCAAUGGUGACUUACUGAUUUACCACGUCUUGUUGACUCUAAAGCCAUACUAUGCCAAGCCAUAUGAAAUAGUGGUAGAUCUCACCCAUGCUGGGCCCAGCAAUCGCUUCAAGACAGACUUCCUUUCCAAAUGGUUUGUGGUCUUUCCUGGUUUCGCUUAUGAAAAUGUGACUGCAGUUUAUAUUUACAACUGCAACUCUUGGGUCAGGGAAUACACUAAAUACCAUGAAAGGCUGUUAACCGGCCUAAAAGGCAGCAAAAGGCUAAUUUUCAUUGAUCCAUCUGGAAAGUUAACAGAGUAUAUUGAACAUGAACAGCAAAAACUCCCAGCAGCCACAUUGGCAUUGGAAGAAGACCUAAAGUUGUUCCAUAAUGCACUCAAAUUAGCCCACAAAGAUACCAAGGUCUCCAUAAAAGUUGGUUCUACAGCUGUUCAGGUAACGUCAGCAGAGAGAACUCGAGUCCUCGGGCAGUCAGUCUUUUUGAAUGACAUUUAUUACGCAUCUGAGAUUGAGGAGAUUUGUUUGGUGGAUGAAAACCAGUUUACUUUAACUAUCGCCAACCAAGGAACCCCUCUCACUUUCAUGCACCAGGAGUGUGAAGCCAUCGUCCAAUCUAUCAUUCACAUACGGACUCGAUGGGAACUGUCACAACCAGAUUCCAUUCCUCAGCACACUAAAAUCCGUCCAAAGGAUGUACCCGGAACACUACUAAAUAUUGCUUUAUUAAAUCUGGGAAGUUCAGACCCAAGUCUACGGUCUGCUGCAUAUAACCUUCUGUGUGCCUUAACAUGUACCUUUAAUUUAAAGAUUGAAGGGCAGUUACUAGAGACUUCGGGUCUGUGCAUUCCUGCCAACAAUACUCUCUUCAUAGUUUCCAUUAGUAAGACACUGGCAGCUAAUGAGCCACAUCUCACUCUUGAGUUUUUAGAAGAGUGCAUCUCUGGCUUCAGCAAAUCCAGUAUCGAACUGAAGCAUCUGUGUCUUGAAUACAUGACGCCUUGGCUGCUAAACCUUGUUCGGUUCUGUAAACUAACAGAUGAUGCUAAACGUCAGCGUGUUAGUGCUAUUUUGGACAAACUUAUAACCAUGACUAUAAAUGAGAAACAAAUGUAUCCAUCCAUACAAGCGAAAAUAUGGGGCAGUCUUGGCCAGAUCACUGAUCUCCUUGAUGUUGUCCUGGACAGCUUUAUCAAAACCAGUGCAACGGGUGGCUUGGGUUCCAUUAAGGCUGAGGUUAUGGCCGAUACAGCUGUUGCGCUUGCUUCGGGCAAUGUGAAACUGGUUUCAAGCAAGGUUAUUGGGAGAAUGUGUAAAAUAAUAGAUAAGACCUGCCUCUCCCCAACACCCACCCUUGAGCAGCAUCUUAUGUGGGAUGACAUUGCCAUUCUUGCCCGGUACAUGCUGAUGCUGUCUUUUAACAACUCUUUGGAUGUGGCCGCCCAUCUUCCCUACCUCUUCCAUGUUGUCACUCUGUUAGUGGCAACUGGCCCGCUGUCUCUUCGAGCUUCCACCCAUGGGCUUGUCAUCAAUAUCAUUCACUCCUUGUGCACUUGCUCUCAGCUGAAUUUCAGUGAGGAAACUAAACAGGUAUUAAGGCUAAGCCUGACUGAAUUCUCACUGCCCAAGUUUUACCUGUUGUUUGGAAUAAGCAAGGUUAAAUCUGCAGCUGUGAUAGCCUUCAGAUCGAGUUAUCGGGAUCGAUCAUUCUCACCUGGCUCUUAUGAGAGGGAAACAUUUGCUUUGACCUCAUUGGAAACUGUUACAGAAGCCUUAUUGGAAAUUAUGGAGGCUUGCAUGAGAGAUAUCCCAACUUGCAAGUGGCUGGACCAGUGGACAGAACUAGCUCAGAAGUUUGCCUUUCAGUAUAACCCAUCACUACAGCCACGAGCUCUUGUAGUUUUUGGGUGCAUUAGCAAACGGGUUUCUCAUGGCCAAAUCAAACAGAUCAUACGAAUACUUAGCAAGGGGCUUGAAAGCUGCUUGAAAGGUCCUGACAAUUACAACAGCCAAGUUUUAAUUGAAGCCACCGUGAUAGCACUAACGAAACUGCAGCCUCUCCUGAAUAAGGACUCUCCAAUGCACAAAGCUCUCUUCUGGGUGGCUAUGGCAGUAUUGCAGCUGGAUGAAGUUAAUCUCUACUCAGCAGGAACAGCUCUCCUUGAACAAAAUUUGCACACUUUAGAUAGCCUUAGAGUGUUCAAUGACAAAAGUCCAGAAGAAGUUUUUAUGGAAAUAAGAAAUCCAUUGGAGGAAUGGCAUUGUAAACAAAUGGACCAUUUUGUUGGGCUCAACUUUAACUCUAAUUUUAAUUUUGCACUAGUCGGACAUUUACUCAAAGGUUAUCGACACCCAUCUCCUACAACUGUGGCAAGGACAAUACGAAUUCUUCACACCCUCUUAGCACUUGUCAACAAACACAGAAAUUGUGAUAAGUUUGAAGUGAACACUGAGAGUGUUGCAUACCUGGCAGCUUUGCUCACUGUUUCUGAAGAGGUGAGGAGCCGAUGCAGCCUGAAACACAGAAAAUCUCUUUUACUGACAGAUGUUUCAAUGGAGAAUGUUCCUAUGGAUACAUAUCCAGUGCAUCAUAAUGACCCCACAUGCAGAACAUUGAAGGAAAACCAGCCCUGGUCAUCACCACAAGCAUCUGGUAUGCACCUAGCUGCUAGCUACCCAACAGUGGGGCAGGUUAGCCCACGAACCAGGAAGUCCAUGAGCCUCGACAUGGGGCAACCAUCACAAGCAAACACUAAAAAGCUUCUUGGCACAAGGAAAAGCUUUGACCACUUGAUAUCUGACACUAAGGCUCCUAAAAGACAGGAGAUGGAGUCUGGCAUCACUACACCACCUAAGAUGAGGAGAGUUGCAGAGCAUGAUUAUGAUAUUGACACACCAAGAAUAUCAUCCCCGCAACAGCACCCUCACCUCCGGAAAGUAUCUGUGUCUGAGUCCACUGUACUUUUGGAUGAGGAGGUCCUGACGGAUCCAAAAACUCAAGCUUUGCUCCUCACUGUUCUUGCUACACUUGUAAAAUACACUACAGAUGAGUUUGAUCAACGCAUCCUGUAUGAGUAUUUAGCAGAAGCCAGUGUGGUUUUUCCUAAAGUAUUCCCUGUGGUACAUAAUUUGUUGGAUUCUAAGAUAAGCACACUUCUAUCUCUGUGCCAAGACCCAAAUUUAUUAAAUCCAAUUCAUGGGAUUGUUCAGAGUGUGGUGUACCAUGAAGAGUCCCCUCCACAGUAUCAGCCAUCAUAUUUACAAAGUUUUGGUUUUAAUGGUUUGUGGAGGUUUGCUGGACCUUUCUCCAAGCAAACGCAAAUCCCUGACUACGCAGAGCUGAUAGUAAAAUUUCUUGAUGCCUUGAUUGAUAAAUAUUUGCCAGUAAUUGAUGAAGAAGCCAGUGAAGAAUCUCUCCUGACUCCUACGUCUCCUUACCCUCCUGCUGUGCAGAGUCAAUUGAGUAUUACUGCUAACCUUAAUCUUUCCAACUCAAUGACCUCCCUUGCAACUUCCCAGCAUUCCCCAGGCAUCGACAAGGAGAACGUGGAACUGUCUCCCACCACAGGCCAUUCAAACAGCAGUAGAACACGCCACGGUUCAGCAAGCCAAGUGCAAAAGCAGAGAAGUGCUGGCAGCUUCAAACGUCACAGCAUUAAAAAGAUUGUGUGAUUUAUUUUUUUUAUUAAUUACCCUUUUUAUUUAUUUUACAGUUCCUUUUCUAAAACUGACUUAACUAGACAGGAGGCUCACCGGUGGCCCCAUGCACAUUAUGAUGCUGCACUUAAUUUUUUUUAACGUUCCCAUGCAGUCAGCCAUGUUGCCAGAAGAUCAACGCUUUGAAAGCACUGCUUGAACUCAGCACCAUUUGGUUACUUAACUGUUUCUCUCGAUAUUCUUUUUUAACAUACUGUGUGAGGUAACAAUGGUCACAAGUGGAUAAGCAGUUGGUGAAUUCACAAUGAAGGAUCUCGGAUGUCUAAAAGAAAAAAGGUGGCCUUGCCUUUUAUUGCAUUGUCUGAACAUAAGUGGCAUUUUCAUGGAAGAACUGCCCUUUUCUCACCUGUGUCUUUUUUUUUUUAUAUAGUUGUUUGUGGCAUAUUGUUUCUGUUUUGCAUUUAAAUGCUAAUUCUUUCUUGUGGCUUUGGUGGCAAAAGGAUCACUUCCAGAUUUCACUACCCCCCUUUUUAAAUUUUUAGCUGUGGAUUUUUUUUUACCUCUAUGCUUCCUGUUUGGUCUAACCAGAAUAAGUCUUAUUGAUGGUACCUCAUUAGGCAAAGAUGGGUUCAUGAUAUUCAUGUUUCACAAAGAUUUGUGGGUACUUGCAAGAAAUCAAAUUAAAUCAUUCUAUUUUUAUUUUAGAAACAUAUAUAUUCUAAAUUCCUGAACAGAAUAGUUUUUUCUUAUCCCAUUUAAACCUUUUGGCCUGUUACUUUCUCCUAAAUACAAGAAGGAGAAUUUUGUUGUUCUGCACUGGUUACCAAAGGCACUAUGUCUUCUGGCAUAAUUGAAUUUCAAACCUUAGUAUGUUUGCCACAAACUGUAUGUAGACUGUAGUUAUAAUUUAAAGUGAAUAGCCAUUGCCCAGAAGGGGUAAAAGGGCCCAAACUGUUUCUUCCUGAUAUCGAAACAGCAAAAUAUCCUUUUGAACACUUAAGCUAGGUUUGCAGACAAGACAAGUCCAUGGGUGUGUUUUAGUCCAUAGCCUGGCAGCAAAAGAAGCUCUUGUACAAGCCUAGUGCCUGCAAGAAUAAUCUAUAUACAUUAAGUGCAAUGCUGAAUGUUCUUGAAGUCAGCACUUGGGAGACUUGAUGAAACGGUACAGUAUUAAUGAAUUGUCAUUGUCGGUCUUGGCACUAAUGGUCCAUUGUGAACAAUAUAAACCUCCCUCUUUACAUGACUGUGGUUCACUGCACCAUACAGGUAUGAGAUCUACUCUCCAUAAACCUCUGAAAUAAGGCAUUGCUGUUUCCCACAGUGUCCUGUUUAAGCAUUUUGGACUGAUUAGCAAAUUACAGAAACACCCCUUAUCCAGAAAUCUCAGUGACCCAGUUGUUCUGAACAACAGAAUCUUGCUUUGCUGCAAGCUCUAUUAUAUUAAAGGUGGGAUAUUAAGGCUUUAUUAUGGAUUCUAAACAAAAUACCCUUUGAAUUUAGUGAAAAACGUCUCUGUAAUUAUUGUAGGAAAUUGUAAAUGUAAUUGUUAAAUAGCAGUAAUAAACUCUCCCAGGGUAAAUCCAGUGGGUGUUUUCUUUACAUUUAAAGGAACAGCAAACAAAAUACUGUGGAUAAAUGAGAAUGAGAGAGCCAAAAAUAAACCCUGUAAUAAACAGCACCCACAACCCACACAAUAACUUUUGUGGCUGUCAAAGGCAAAUGACCCAUAUUGAUCCUCAGGAUUUGUAUUCCUUUGUACCCUUACUAUAAUAAGCUAAUUAGGUAACAGGAAGGCUUUUUUUUGUUCUGACCUGCAAAGAAUCGAUGGCUGUCAGUCAUUUUAUUCUUUUUUUAUAGAGCGCACAAAAUGCUGCAAAUAGUACCCCUUAUUUCUUGUUGAAAAGUUAGCUUUAAGACAGUAAACCUUUCCAUAUUUGGUUCUUGUUAGAUACAUAUUUAUAUAAUUAACCUGCUUUAACAAAAACAUAGAUUUCUUAUAAUUAACAAAAGGCAAAAAGUAAUGGUAUACUAUCCCUUUAAUUUAUGCACAGGCAGAUUAAAGCUGCCAAUUUGAGUCCUUUAGACCAGUUUGCCAGCUUAUUUUCCCUUGUAUGGGGACCUCCGAUGGGCCUUCUCAAUCAAUAUCUGGCUGAAAAAUCAACCAGGUGUCCAUUGGACAGGUUUGAUUUUCCAGUCGGAUCGGGAAACAGCAUCAGCACAUUGAUGCAGUCCUUGGUCCGACACCUCCUAUAUCUCUUUUUGUAUUUUGAUAGUUUAGCCCUAGGGCCAAACAUUCAAAUUAGCCUGAUAGGGAAAAGAUUUUCUUGUUUAGCAUUUGGUCUUUACCAUUAUGUUGGGUUAUACAGUCAGCUCUGGACCUUUCCUUCAGCCUUUUAGUCACCCUCUUUAUUCCUCCCAACUAUGGUACUUCCUUUAUAGAAGCAGCAAAGUGUCCAAAUGAGGGGCUUUCUCCUUCCAUACAUGUUUAUUGGAGGGGUUCAGUAAGUACAUUGGAACUAUUCCAUCACAGUGAAGUCAAGUAUUAACACACACACCCAGUCUGUAGUAGUACUGUAGGAAAUACCUUGUCAAAUUAUGAUUUUGCUAAUUCCUGAAAUGCUUAAGACCAAAACAGGUUUGGAACAAAAAUAAAAAUAGUGAUAAUUAAAGUAAAUGAAACAAUAAUAAAAGUAAAUGAAACUCCACAGCUAAAGCAAAGUAAUGGAACACAUACACUCCCGUAUUUCAUUAUUCAAGCACAUACUCAACAUGAAAUCACAGAAUUAAUCAUGAUAUUUCAGGUGUAAAUAGACAUUUCUUUGGGGUGUUAGCAGUUUAUUUUUAUUUUUUUUUGUUUACAGUCCUGGAAAAACUAUGGACAGAAUCUAUUAUGCAAAUAGUUUGACAAAAUAAACACGUGCUGGUUCAGUUACCUUGCAGUAGCUGGCAGAGAUGAAAGACAGAUGAUUAAAGGGAAACUAUUGUGAAACAAUCUUUUCUAUGUAUUUGUAAAUCUUGUGUAUCAUUGUAUCAUCCAAUAGUACAGGAGUAUUAUGUAUAUGUACAUAUAUACACACUCUUACAUCCCCCCACCCCCCAUAUCAUUGACAUUAUUCUCAGUUGUAUGUAUUUCUUUCCCUGAAAAGAAACUGAGCUAAUAUUCUACAGAAGGCUUUGUGAAGUUCCAACCAUUAUUAAAUACUAAUACAUGAUAAGGCUUUUAAAGUAAGGUGGGAAAGUACUCUUAAAAGUCAAAAUUCCAUUCAUGAAUUGUAAAAAAAAAAAAAAAAUUUAAAUGGAGAAAUUCAUAAAGUUUACGAUAGUUUUCCUUUGUAUGAAGCCAGUUUUUUGGCUUUGACGUCGGUAAUAUUAUUACACUACAUGCUUGGCUGUCAUUCAAAAUAAACCCUUUAAUAUUAGCGUGACCAGACUGAAAAGUGUGACUACCCACCUUAUUUUGUGCACAGAACAUUCCCUUUGGGAGUUGCCAUUGCUCACCUCAGCAGAGCCAUUCUCCAUAGACCUUAUAAGAACAGGCUCAUUGGCACAGAAAAGGUGAUCUCUAUCAGGAAUGCCCUUGCUGAAAUGAGAAGUGUGACAGCUCUUACUGAUGUGUCGAUGCAAUAGGCAGUAUGAUAAUUCCACUGUCCACAUUGGGCCAUGCCCCCCCCCCCUCCCAUUGUACAUUACAUUUGCACAUUUGGUAUAUUUUCUACAUAACUCAGCAGCUGAAUACUAAAUAGCUUGGCUUCAUUCAUCAUGUACAUCAGAGCUAAAGGUCGACAUCUAUCUAACAGGACUAAAGGUGGCGUGGGAGACGAGGCGACCGAUAUUGGUAAAAGUCUUGAAUAUUGGUUGCCUUGUUGAUUGGACAGGACUGAAAAUUUUGAUCGGGCGCCUUUUGAAGGUGCUGAACAUCAGAACGUUAAUACUGAAUCCUCAAAUAGGGGGUAAAGAAUUCCUUUGUUUUUACCAACAUAUCAGACAAUUCAGCUCUUUAGCAGAGUGGACGAUUGUUUUUUCCUACCAUCAAUGGUUGUGGGAAACAUCGUAAUUGUAGCAUGUAUGGUCACCUUAACUUAAUAUUGUUUGCUUCAGUGCAGUUAUGGUUGGGCUUCAAGAUUCAAUUGAAGUCUGCUAGUUUGCCAUGCCCCUAUUAGUUAACAAGGUGUUAAUCCAAAAUUUCACUUUAAUUUGCAUUCAGGCUGGGUUUCCAGUAGUACUUGGCACAUUGGCAUUCUUCAGAGAUAUCAAUCUGACUUUGACACUGCACCCCCAUGCAAGCCACUGUUUGAAGUCUACCCCAGGGGAAGCAGCCAAUGCAGCUUUAUGUAUCCUAGGAAAUCUAGCACAUGUGAUCUAAAGAAUUGUUGUAAAGUAAUGCUGAAAAUGUUGCAGAAUUCUGCCCCUACCUUUGUAAUGAAGGGUUCGGUGAACUUUCCAGAAGGCUGAAUUGUUCCAGCAGAUAAUUACUGUCAUUAGAUAGGUGUUAUAGUGAUAGGUUGGCAUGAUAUUUUAGAAGUUCCACCCUACUGGCAUAUUAUACUUCAUUGUUCGUGUAAUAGUAUAGGAGAGAGCAUUUUCUCACAUACUGUUAGCUUUUGUUUUCUCUGUGAGCUCUGAUAAAACUGCAGUUAGAAACACAGCAGAGUUGGACAACACAUUUUGGAGACCUUUUCAUUUUCCUUUGCUUUGGGCAGCUUGCUUUGAAAUCUGACAUUAUCAUGACUGGUCAACAACCCUUUUGGAACAAGUUUUAAUAGCCCGCAAUUACCAUUCCAAGGAUUCUGUAUGUUCCUGUACACCUGUAUGUCCCUGUACAUCCCUCCACCAAGUCCUUUUAUGUUUCACUCUCAUAGCGGAGUCAGAUCAAAGGCUAAAUGGUCAUAUCCUUUGCCUUGUAAGAUGUGCUUAGAUCCUGGGAAUACAUUUACAAUCCCUGUUAUGAAGCAAGAGAGCACCACUGGUAUUAGGAGAAUAGAACCUGAACGGAAGAAUAUUUUAGAGAUUUUACCACCCCAUAUCCACUUUACUUGUGAGGUCCACUGUUUUGGGGUAAUGGUCAAUCACUCUUAAGUCUUUCAAUUUAAGGUACAGUAAAGUUUUUUGUUUUUUGUUUUUUUUUUAAAUAUACACAAUACUUAUUGGUCAUUUAUCAAAACUGAGCAAAUUUGCCUGUGGACAGUAACCCAUGGCAACCAAUCAAAUUGUUGCAUUCAUUCUGUCUGCAUCUGGCUGAAAAAAGAUACUGAUUGGUUGCUAUGGGUUACUGCCCAUGGACAAAUUUGUCCAGUGUUAAUAAAUAAAUGAGCCCAGGAGUGUACUUCUGCUAUAACAUUGAUAUAACAUAUUCCUUUCAAGCAUUUAAUAUAAUUAAUUUGUAGAGGAUUAGAUCAGUAUCUUUUCAAGUGUCUAGUAUUUGUCCCUUUCCCACUCCCAGGCAAGCCCACACAUUACAGGCAAAUGGAACUCGCCUUGGCUCUGAUGUGCAUGGUGAUUGUUGAAUUAAGUCCUAUAUUCCUGCUGAAAUGUAAAAUGGAAGGCUUUAAACUGACCAUAGAUAUUUUGUGUGUGUUCUGUUCAUGUUUGGGGGGUUUUUUUGUGUGUGUGUGGAGAGGGGGUGUUGCUCUGCUUUCCCAUCCCAUUCCUUUUAAAGCAUGUCUUAUCCAAUGUUAUGCAAGAGGCUUUACCACAAAGUCACUUUUAAGUGUUAGCCACAUUUUUUUUUAUUGCAGUACAUUCAUAUGUAAAUAUUUUUGUGUAAAAUUUGACAGAAAAGUAUAUUUACUACACUGUAAAUACAUGUGACAAUAUAUUGUAUUAUUUUGCUUUUUUUGUAAAGCAGUUAGUUGCUGUACAUGUAUAACAAACAAAAUUUGAUUAUUCUAGUGUUAGUAAUUGUUAACCUCUCUACUUCCUGCUGUUGAGUAUGUCAAAGAGGAAAUAAUGCUGGGUGUUCCAAACUCACACUGUGUAUGAUAGCUUACGGUUUUAUUUUCCUUUCAGGCCAUAAGAUCUCAAAUGUUCCUUUACUCACUAUCCUGUUAAUAUUGUACGCAAGUGUAUGCCAGCAAGAAAAACUGCCACAGUCAGCCAACCUGGUACCUAGGUCCAAUUAGCAGAUACGGUUUAUCAGAACUGUUCCCAACCCAUGCUCCCUCAUGUAUGUAUAUCCCCUUUUUUGAAGUAAAAUGUAAAUUAAACCUGCAA